AUUAUUUUACUAUAAAUAUAAACAUACUCAAAGUACAACACACAACAAUGGCAGAAACCGAUCAAGCACGACCAUUAGCUCCAGUUAGAGUCCACCCAAGAAGCGAUGAUGAAGAAAAAGCUCUCAGAAAAACGAACCGUAGAAGAAAACUCAAGUUAUGUGGUUGUGUAACAUCAAUUUUACUACUACUUAUAGUCAUAGUAAUUGUCAUCUUAGUAUUCACGGUUUUUAAGGUUAAAGAUCCUAACGUAACAACAAAUGAGAUCCAUCUCACAAACUUUGGUGUCAACCUAGUUCAACUUCCAACACCUCAAGUUAAGCUCAACAUGACCAUGGUAGUGAACAUGUCUAUUAGGAAUUCUAAUAGAGCGUCCUUUAAGCUUGGGAAUAGCACGACAUCGGUGUAUUAUCGCGGUAUAUCGGUUGCGGACGCGGUGAUACCGCCGGGACUUGUGAUCAAGGCGCGGAAGACGUCGGGGUUGAAUGUUACGGUGGAUGUUAUGGCUGAUCGCCUCGCUUCUAGUCCGAAUUUGGUGGGAGAUGUGGUUCAGGGAGAGAUGAUUAUGAAUACUUAUUCGGUGAUUCCGGGGAGGGUGAAGAUUUUGUUUAUUAAGAAACAUGUUGAGGUGAAGAUGAAUUGUACUAUGACGAUUGAUAUUUCAAAGAGAGGAAUUAAGGACUUGAAUUGUAAACAUAAGGUGAAACUUUAGAGAUGGAGUUUGAAUGUUUUUGUUUUUGUAUUUUUUGGGACCUAUGCUAGAAUUCUUUAUUUUUAUUAUUUAGAAUUUUUUAAAAGAGAUUUAUUGCCAUAGCUAAGUCUAUAGAUUUAUGUGUAUGAAAUAAAUAACGAUAGCAGCAGAGUUUUGUAGGUUAUUUUUUGUCAUACU